UUUCAGUUUAAAAAGGAAAGAUUUAAUAUUGCACGCGUCCUUUUAAAAAUAAUUAAAUGUGCUCGUUCAGUUAAAAAGGAGCCGGUUUAAUUGUGCACAUCAGAGAAGGAAAUACGUUAGAAAGUUUACAAUUUCUCUGAUUUAACGACAUUUUUGUGCGUAAAUUGGUUCCAAAAAUAAACUUCCAAUUAGUUUGAAAAAGUUUGAAGUUUAAAAAAAGUUUCCCCACUGGUCUGGCCCGGCCCAGUGGCGCCCCCUGCUGUGGGACAAUGGGAGCCACGUGGACCCGCGGCCCCGCCCCAGGCUAAGUCGCAACACUGCCGGUGGUUGUCGGGCAGACCACAGGCAAGAGGCAGCUUUCUGGCAGUUAAACUUUAUAACAUGUCCAACAAUUUUCGUCGUUGCUGCAGCAUCUUCGUUUUGUUGUUGCUCAUAAUUGUAAUCAUGAUUUAUUAUUUUUACUUUCUUCUCUUCUUUUUCUAACCGCAGGGAAUAAAUACAAAGGGGAAGGUUCCCACUGUCUGACCUGUACCAUGUCUGCAAAAGAAUCCAUCACAUUGGCCUCGAUAACUUACUACUAUCAAGAGAACUAUUUCAACCACUUACUAAACGUUGCUGUAGAAGGUCUAGAGGUAUGCCGUGAUGAUCCAGUGCUGCUUUUCUUCAAAGCUUUUGGAGAUUUAAUGGAAGGUCGUAUCCAAGAAGCCAUCAGAGACCUCGAGGCCAUCAGGGACAAGCAGACCGUGGAAUUGUGUUCAAUUAUUGCUCUCAUUCAUGCUCACAGAAAGAGCUCAGUAAUUGACCAGGAUGCCAUUCAUGAACUUGAAGCAGGGCUCAAAGACUGCCUUGAAACAGCAGGGGAAAAGUCGCUAUAUUAUGCUAGCAUGACCUUGUGGUUUACGGAUCGACUUGAAGAAGCUAGAGAGUAUUCUAGCCGACUGAUGAAAAUUUCUAAUGGAUCAAAGGAGGCUUUAAUACUUAAAGGCUGGAUAGAACUUGCAGGCAAGAGUAGCAAGAUUGGGAAUUUAAAGAAGGCCAUCGGAUACCUAGAAGGAGGACUGCAGAAUUCAAAAGAUAUCUUUGGUCUGAUGGGAAAGGUCUAUUACCUUCUGAAGAAGCAGAAUUUCCUGGUUGCCCUGGAAACAGUCAAUCAGAUUAUUGCCACCAACCCCACAUUCCUGCCGGCGCUUGUUCUGAAGAUGAAACUGUUUUUGGCCCAGAACAACUGGGACCAAACCCUGGAAACAGCAAAACGGCAAGUAUUAUAUAUGUUUAUUUUAUUUCAUAAUCCUUACGUCCUCAUUAUCUGCUGGCUUACUGCCUACGGAUCCAUGCACUUGCAACCUCCGCCCGAGGAUUUGUUCCAGAACCACCAACCGAGGCAGAAUGCAAUUAUGCUGAAGGAUGAGACUAAUGUAGAUGCAUUGCUGUUCUUGUGCCUCCAUGCCAUGUGCAAAUUGGGAGAAAAAUCUGAGGCUGAAACUCGUGUGAUGCAACUUAUUAAAGCCUUGGAGAUAAAGGAACCUCAAAAUCCAAAACUUUAUAACCGAGUGGCUGUUAUAUUAAGCAGAAUGUGCGGGAGAAACCAGACCAUCCUGGAGCAGAUGCACAAUCUGGUGGAACACGCACUACACUUGGACCCCACCAACUCGCAGAUCGCUGCCGAGCUGGGAUUCCAGCUGAUUCUGCAGGAGAAGCCAUGGCUCGCAGCAAAGCAGUACACUGAGGCAAUGAAACUGGACGAAAGCAACAUCCCCGCACUGACAGGGAGAAUCCGAGCUGAGAUCCUGCUUGGGCAUUUGGAAGAUGCAGAACAGCAGCUGGAGUUCCUGAAGGAAGUGCAAGAAUUCAUUGGAACAUCCGGGGAGCUGGCUUAUCUUCAAGCUAUAUUGGCAGCAAAUAAAGGCAGAGGACCAAAAGUGAUCGUCAAGUUCUUGAACCAGGCUGUGGACAUUCACUUCACCUCGCUGCAGGACUUUCCUCUCAGUGUGGAGUACUUUGAGAAGCUCAACCCUGAGUUCCUGCUGGACAUUGUAAAGAAGCUUCUAUCCCUCUGUCCUGACCAGUCUGUUUUGCAAGGACAACCUCUUUCUCCUCUGCUAAGACAGUCUGCCAUGAUAUUGGAGCCAGUGUUCAAGGUAGCUCCUGGGAUUAAGCAGGUUCUGUACAUAAUGGCCCAAAUUAGAUACCUCUCAGGUAACCUGAACACAGCACAGGCUAUUCUGCAUCCAUAUCUCCAGGUGAACCCCACUUUUGCUGAUGGCCACCUGCUCAUGUCUCAGAUAUACCUGUCCCAGGGCAAUUACAAAGAGUGUUCCCACUCUCUGGAACUGGGACUCAGCUACAACUUCCAGGUUAGAGAUCAUCCAACCUACCACUUGAUUAAAGCCAGAGCACUGAAGAGGAUGGGCAACAUUGGGGAAGCAGUAACUGUAUUAAAAACAGCCAUUGGUCUGCCGGGAGUGAGGAAUUAUUCCAAUGUAAAGGGCAAAGAGUCAUUGGCUGACAUCAGUAUAAGCAACUGUGUCUCUGUAUAUCUGGAGUUGGCAGUGGCUUUACAAUUGAAUGGCGAGCAGCACGAAGCCUUCAAAGUCAUGCAAGAUGCCAUCCGCGAAUUUGCUGGAACCACAGAGGAACCUCGCAUCACUGUUGCAAAUGUCGACUUGUCUCUCAGCAGAGAUGACGUUGAAACAGCGUUCAGCAUGCUCAGAAGUAUCCACCCCAAGCAGCCUUACUACAUCAAAGCUCAGGAGAAACUGGCGGAGAUCUACCUGCACAAGAAGAAAGACAGACGGCUUUACAUCAAAUGCUACAAAGACUUGAGUGAGCAGUUCCCAAAUCCGCAGAUUACCCUUCUCCUCGGCGAUGCAUAUAUCACAGUCCAGGAGCCCGAAAAAGCUAUUGAGGUAUAUGAACAAAUCUUGAAGAAGAACCCUCAUGAUGGACAAUUGGUGAGGAAGAUUGGCCAAGCUUUAGUUAAAACUCAUCACUACACUAAGGCUAUUCAUUACUUCGAAGCUGCACUAAAAAUUGGUGGACAGGACUUCUUGUGUCACGACUUUGCCGAACUCCUCCUGAAACUUAGGUUAUUUGAACGGGCAAAGAAAGUUCUCAGACGGGCCCUGGAACACGAUUAUGUCAGCGAUUUAGGUGCCAUGGUGAAUGAUGUCAAAUACUUGAUGCUCCUGUCUAGGAUCUUCACCAGGACUCAUGAAAUAGAGGAAGCAGUAAAAACUUUAAACAAGGCAUAUGAACUACAGGGGCGCCUACUGAAGCGCCUGGUGGUGGAGCAGUCCGAUGCGAUUACAGUCCAGAGUCAGUUGGCAUCCACCAUCUGUGCCCAGAUAGCCCAACUAUCAGUGGACCAACAGGACUACGACAAGGCAAUCCGAUAUUAUACUGAGGGACUAACAUUCGUAGAAAACGACCCAAAGCUAUUGAUAGAACUUGCACAGUUGUACCUGGCCAAAGGAGAUAGCGAUGCUUGCGAAUAUCAGUGUAUCAAGUUACUGAAGAACAUUGAAAACAAUAAUGACGUCUACAUGAUGAUGGCGGAUCUCAUGUUUAAAAAACAAGAAUAUGGACAAGCUCUGUUCUAUUACCGGCAACUGCUGCAAGGAUCACCAGACAACUUCCUGGUCUUAAGCAAAUUGAUCACGUUGUUCAGAAAAACAGGAAAACUUGAAAAAGUGCCAGAGGUUGUGAUGCUCGCAGAAAGGAAAUCACCGAAGACGGUGAUGGAGCCAGGAUUUAACUAUUGCCGUGGCCUCUACUUCUGGUAUACAGGGCAACCAAACGCAGCGCUGAGGCAUUUUAACAAAGCACGCAAGGACAGUGACUGGGGUCAAAACGCUGUUUACAACAUGAUCCAGAUAUGUCUUAAUCCUGACAGUGAGAUUAUUGGAGGCAAUGUGUUCGAAACCCUGGAUGAUGACUUCAGUGGUGAGCCCAAUGAAAACGAAAUGGAUCAGCUUGCAGUCAGGACAGCAGAGAAGUUAUUGAAGGAGUACCAUGCUCACACACAACAGGAACAGGAACAACGCACAUUGCUGCAGAACAGCUGCCUGAUGGCCACCAAUGACCGGUCCAACGUGGAAAAGGCCCUCGAGGCAUUCACAGAGAUGGCCGCAGCUAAGAAGGAUCACGUGCCUUCACUUCUGGCAGUGGCUCAAGCCUGCAUGGUUUUGAAGCUGAUUCCUCGGGCUAGGAACCAGUUGAAAAGGAUAACAAAAAUACCCUGGAAUCUGAAGGAUGCCGAGGAAUUCGAGAAGAGCUGGCUCCUGCUGUCUGAUAUUUACAUUAAGGCAGGAAAAUAUGACCUGGCAAUGGACUUGCUGAAACACUGCUUACAGUACAACCAGUCGUGUUGCAAGGCGUACGAAUACACAGGGUUCAUCAUGGAGAAGGAGCAAUCCUACAUGGAUGCAGUUGCAAACUACCAAAUGGCUUGGAAGUGCAGCAGUGAGGCAAACCCUGCCAUUGGUUACAAACUAGCUUUCAAUUACCUGAAAGCAAAAAUGUACAUGCACGCAAUCGACAUUUGUCACAAGGUGCUGAGAAAUCAUCCUACUUAUCCAAAGAUUCGAAAGGAGGUUUUUGAGAAGGCUAGAGCAUCUUUUAAACCCUAGACAUUUCAAAUGUUUUUCAUUAUUUCAGGAAGUAUCGCAAAAAUGCACAAGAAUAAAUGACCAACAAAAAUAAAAUUCACAAUGAUUGGGUUUGUUAUCUUUAAUUUCUAAAUGGGACUUAAAACAUCAGACCAAACCAAACAUUGAUUGGUAUACUUAUAAGGUCAUUCGGGCAUAAAGAAUAGGAGUAGAAUUAGACUACUCGGCCCAUCACGUCUACUCCGCCAUUCAAUCAAGGCCGAUCUAUCUCUACCCCCUAACCCCAUUCUCCUGCUUUCUCCUGAUAACCUCUGUCACCCGUACUAAUCAAGAAUCUAUUUAUCUCUGCCUUAAAAAUAUCUACUGACUUGGCCUCUUCAUCCUUCUGUGGCAAAGAAUUCCACAGAUUCAUCACUCGGACUAAAGAAAUUCCUCAUCUCCUUCCUAAAAUAACGUCCUUUAAUUCAGUGGCUUUGACCUCUAGUUCUAGACACUCCCACGGAUGGAAACAUCCUCUCAAAAUCCACUCUAUCCAAGCCUUUCAAUA